AUGGCGACCUCCGUGCAAACGCCCACAAACCCCGACCAGCAGGUCGACCUCUCGACCAUCCCCAUCUCCCCCGAGGGCGCCGAGAAGAGCACCGAGACCAAGGAGAACGAUACCGACAAGGACAUCACUGUCUUCCACGACAAGGACAACUUCAACGUUAAGCACCCACUUCAGAACAAAUGGACUCUCUGGUUCACCAAGCCCCCCAGUGGCAAGGGUGACAACUGGAAUGACCUCCUGAAGGAAGUUAUCACCUUUAACUCAGUGGAAGAAUUCUGGGGUGUCUAUAACAACAUCGCUCCCGUCUCCGAGCUGGCCCUCAAGUCCGACUACCACCUUUUCAAGGCUGGUGUCCGCCCUGAGUGGGAGGACGCUCAGAACAAGCACGGUGGCAAGUGGUCUUACCAGUUCAAGGAGAAGCGUGCUGUUCCUAUCGAUGACCUCUGGCUGCACGUGAUGCUGGCUGCCAUUGGCGAGACUCUGGAGGGUGAGGACGACGGCGAAGUCAUGGGUGUCGUUGUCAACGUGCGCAAGGCUUUCUUCCGUAUCGGUGUCUGGACUCGUACUAUUGGCAAGAGCAUUCCCGGCCGUGGUGACGGAGAUGUGGCUGGCGGUAAGGGACGUUCCCAGGAUAAGGGCCGUGAGAUCCUCCUGAACAUCGGCCGCCGUUUCAAGGAGAUUCUGAACCUGCCCCCCGGUGAGAGCGUUGAGUUCUCCGGCCACACGGACAGCGCACACAGCGGAAGCAGCCGUGCCAAGGCCAAGCACACUGUCUAG